AUGACGAAAAUUAAUUUCGAAGUUCCUUUUCGAUUAAUGCUGAUUCUAUUUCUUGGAAUUAUACUCGGAAUUAGUCUAUCAACAAUAUUUUUAUACUCAAAAAAGUUCUCAAUAACUUUAAACAAUCCGAAACCAAAAUCAAAUCCAGUAGAUGUGAGAAAUGCGAGAAGCUUCACACUUAAUCAAUACAAUAGAUCUUUAGCUGAUGAGUUAACCAGAGAUGUCCGAGUUUUAUGCUGGGUAUUGACAAUGCCUGAAAAUCACAAGAAAAAAGCUAUACACGUGAAAAAUACAUGGGGCAAGAGGUGUAAUAAAUUGCUAUUUAUGAGCACGACUGCUGAUUCAGAGUUGAACACCAUUAGUUUACCAGUGGUAGAGACAAGGACUAGUCUUUGGGACAAAACGCGUUUCGCACUUCAAUAUAUUUAUAAUUAUCACUUUGAUGAAGCCGAUUGGUUUUUAAAAGCUGAUGAUGAUUCUUAUUAUAUCAUGGAGAACGUUCGGUACAUGCUGUCGCAAUAUCAUUCAAAAACAUCAUUAUAUUUUGGUCACAGAUAUGCAUCGAAAUUUGUUGAUUCUGGUUAUAUGGCAGGUGGCGGUUAUAUUCUGUCCAAAAAGGCUGUUGAGAAGUUUGUGACUAAAUUAAUGCAUGACAAAAAUAGUUGCAGAAUAGAAGAUGAAGGAGCUGAAGAUCUCGAGCUUGGAAAGUGUUUUGAGAAUCAAACACUGUUUAUUGACGAUCGAGACAUGCUCAAUCAGAAAAGAUUCUUUCCUGUUGGAGUCAUGGAGCAUUUUAAUCCGAAAACAGAGAAUAACACAUUUUGGUACGACCGCAUGAUGUACUAUAAUUCGAAAUUUGGAGGACUUGAUUGCUGCUCAGAUUUAAUCGUUAAUCUUCAUUACAUUAAUCCCAAGCAGAUGUAUAUGUAUGAUUAUCUAAUCUAUAAUGUUCAUCCGUUUGGUCUUGAAAAAAAUUCAACAGAAAAGUUACCGCCAAAAAUAUCAUUGAAUGAAAUAAUUAAAUCGUCAGAUGAGCCCAUAUUCUUUAAACCAUUGUUUUGGUCAGGACUGUGUGCAGACAAGAAUAUUUUUAAUUUGUCAAUUACAAUCGAAAGAAUGGCAAAAAAUAACUUUUCACUUUCUUUCCGAUUGGUGCUGAUUAUCUUUCUUGGAAUCAUUCUUGGGAUAAGUUUAUCAUCAAUUUUCAUCUUUCCAAAAAAAAUCUCAAUUGCUUUAAACAAUUUGAGACCAAAAACAAAGCAUGUCAACAUGAGAAAUGCAAGUAGCUUCUCACUUAGGGAAUACAAUGAGUCAAUGGCUGAUGAGUUGACUAGAAAAGUAAGAGUUUUAUGCUGGGUAUUGACAAUGCCUGAAAAUCACAAGAAAAAAGCUAUACACGUGAAAAAUACAUGGGGCAAGAGGUGUACGAAAUUGCUAUUUAUGAGCACGACAGCCGAUUCAAAUUUGAACACAAUUGGUUUACCAGUGCAAGAGACGAGGUCUAGUCUUUGGGACAAAACGCGUUUUGCACUUCAAUAUGUUUACAAUUAUCACUUUGAUGAAGCUGAUUGGUUUUUAAAAGCUGAUGAUGAUUCAUAUGCAUCGAUACAUGCUGAUUCUGGUUAUAUGGCAGGAGGUGGGUACAUUCUGUCUAAAAAAGCUCUUGAAAAAUUUGUCACAAAAUUAAUGCAUGACAAAAAAAAUUGUAAAAUUACAAACGAAGGAGCUGAAGAUCUUGAGCUUGGAAAGUGUUUUGAGAACCAAACUCUUUUUAUUGACGAUCGAGACAAGCUUAAGCAAAAAAGAUUCUUUCCUGCUGGAAUUAUGGAACAUAUAAAUCCCAAGACUUCGAAUAAUGCUUAUUGGUAUAAUCGCAUGCUGUACUAUGAUUCAAAAUAUGGAGGACUUGAGUGCUGCUCAGACUUGCUUGUUAAUCUUCAUUACAUUAAUCCCAGAGAGAUGUAUAUGUUAGAACAUCUAUUCUAUAAAGCUCAUCCGUUUGGUCUUGAUAAGAAUUCGACAGAAACGUUACCGCCAAAAAUUUCAUUGAAUGAAAUAAUUAAAUCUUCAGAUGAGCCUAGUAAUGCAACAGAAUUUAAAAACUAUAAGAGUCAUCAUAUUAUUCAUCAUAUAUUUGAAGAAGAUGAGAAAUUUAAAUAAUUGAAUAUGGAGGACGAAAGUGUAAUUAGUGAUAAAAGGUGAACGACCAAUUUCUGCAUUCUUUUUUGAGUCAAUUGAAUCAUAAGAAUAUUUUGAAAAAAAUUCCUGUUUAGGAAAAAAGCCUGUUUGCAAAAAAAAAAAUGCAAUAGUGGUCAGUCAACUUUACAAAAAUAUCCAGAGGCAUAUUCGGAAUUUUUCAAGACAUUCAAGACACUCGAGAUUAAUUCCGAAAAAUCCCAGCAAUUCUUAACUAGAUAUUUGAAAAAUUUCAAUAGAUUCUGAUUUUAUUAUGUGGCGGUUUUUACGAAUCAGU